AUGGACCAUCUGGUUCCUACAGAUAGUAAGGAAACCAGACCUCGAAUCACUGGUAAAGGCAAAUGGAAGAUCUGGACCCCAGAAGCAAUCCUGCGUGCGGCUUUUGCCAAGGAGGUUCUUCCAGCUAGGGCCAUUGCCGCGCAGGUAGACGGGAGCAGUGGCUCACAAGCAAGGGAAACUCGCAGCUUCAUCGGCGAGUGUUUGGACAAAGAGCAGAAGGAGGGUUGGGCACGCCAUGUCGCACAAGGUCAACAUGACUCGGGGGGACGGUUGUCUUAUGUUUUGUGCAAUAUGAUGUUUGAUGAGACAGAGCUUGAGGUUCAUGUGCAAGAUUUUGGGCCAGGGCAGUGGAACGUUUUGGCUUCGCAUACUCAGUUGACGAUUGCGAAUUCUGGUGGAGGCCCUGCACGUGAUUUUGAUAUCAUACGGCCUCCAAGGACCAUUCCAACAAAGCAAGCUGUCACAAUGUGGCCGGUACUGUGUGACGGGGUUGGGGGUUUGUUGCCCGGCGUUUGCGAGGUGGAAGCAGGCUUCAAAGCCAUUUUGGUCACCUGUGAUGCGGCCGCUGCGAAUCUCAAGCUUCUUCGCUACCUGCUAGCCGUCACUCCGGAUGAUGUCCUGGUUCUGCCCACACUGUGUGCGCAACAUAGAAAUGGCAAUGUGAUUGAGCGAGUGAGCAAACUUCUAGGGAUAAUCCCGGGUUCGUUUGCAGUGGCUAAAACCAUGAAGGCUGGAGCUGCGAUUCAGCAGCUGGUUCGUUCCCUUGAGCGUGUGAUGUCCCAAGCAUUGGUCGUCAGGCAAGACGAGCCACCUGGGUUGCAGGAGGAAUGGGCCUUCGGCCGUCGUUGUGCCAAAGCAUUGCUCGAUCUUGUUGCUUCAAAUUCAGACCAUGCAGGUGCGUGCGGCUCUUCGGAAGAGCCGGGGAAGCGGGCCAAGACUGCGAAGGAGUUCUUUGGAGUUCUUCGCCGGGCCUUGGCGAGAUUCAAGCGGGUGGCUCCUCCCUUGAGCAAGCUUUCGCAAUCGUGCAUCCGACACGGCCUCCAGAGUGCUUUCUUUCCACAUGAUCUUCGACGGGCCCAAACGCAGGGCCUCUGGCCGUCGUUGGAGAUGAUUCAGAACCCUGAGAAGCUCGAGGCAGCUUUGGCGAAGCUUUUGAAAACGUUGGUGGCCGACAGCUAUGGCAAUGUGCGCGCCGUCAGCUGGGCCCGGAACGUCUACAACCAAAGUCACCCGCUUCACUUGAUCCUGGACAUGUCGCAGACUGCGGCCGCUGGCCAUGGUUCCGGAGGCCAGCUUUGGUUGGGCGGCGAAGCGGCUUCCUCUGACAUCAAGGUCCUUGAGAAGCACAACAUCACCGUUGUUGCUCCAGCAGCCCGUUCCCCAGAAGUGGCAGAGAGUUCAAAGGUCUAUGUGUACCCGUACAAGGAUGGCACCGGAGACAUUCCCACCGUUGAAGUCCUCUCGCUCGUUGAUGCCAUCAUUUCGGACUUGGUCCAGGGUAAGUCCGUGUUGAUCUCGUGCAAAAACGGAGCGCAUCGGAGUGCAGUGCUCUUGGCCCUGGUCUUGCUGCGGCUGACGGGGAAUCCCUCGCGGACGCUCAUGAACUACGUGUCUGCGCUCCGGAACAUCAGCGACUUCGAAAGCUUGCCGCCGUGCAAAGCCGGCAGAAUCAAGGCGGUCGCGUCAUCUCAGUACCUUGAGCGGGUCGAGAAGGAGUUCACUCCGGUGUUGGGCCCGCUGUGCGGGCUGCACGAGCUGGUCACGCCGAAGAUCUUCACUCAGCGAUGCCUCGAGCUCGGGUUCUCGACGAUCCCUGCCGCCAGACCCGGGCUCUUUGCUCCAAGUGCCAAGAAGAGGCCGCACGUCGGCAGGCCUUCGGCCGGGUUAGUGGGGCCUUCGGCCGGGUCAGUGGGGUCAGUUGCCAGCUCGGAUGACGACCUGGAGACUGUCACAUCGUACGAGAUGGUGGACAUGGCGUCGGACUACGACAUGGAUGUUCGUGGCUUCGAGUCCGACGCUGCGGACACGAUGCGCAGCCUCAAGAAGCCGAGGGGUGCAACUGGGUCGGAGGACUCUGUCCAAGUUUCCGAGGACGACACCGAAGCCUCCUUCACCAAGUUGCAGAGGGUCAUGGCGGAUCUCAGUGCGUUGGACUCCAAGCUGAAGAGCAAGGGUGACAAGGGUGGAUCAGCUAGUGCUUCUCCGCGGGGAAGUGCGGCCUCUGGCCAAGGCCGUGGGUAUGAUGAGUUCCGUGAGCCCGGCUACGAGUCCGACGAUUCCGCAAAUUACCAGCCGGCUGAGGAAGAUGACGCAGAGGAGCCCAUGCCCUCCUUUGAGGAUGUUAAGAAGAAUCUACAGCAGGCAGGGUCAAACAGCCCCGAAGUCCUGGAUCGCAUCCUCAAGCUACUGGAGAAGCAAAGGCUGGAGACACAAAGGGCUUUGGCCAGGAUGGAGGAGCAAGAGUAUUCCAAGGACUUUUGCAACGAUGUCUUGCAAGCGGUGUUGUCUCUCCAAGGGCAGGCUGCAGUCGACCUUUUGGAGAGGCGCAACCCGACGACGAUCAUGCAAAUCGUCGACUCGAAUGGGAUGCACGCACUGCAUCACGCAGGCAAGUUGGGCCUCGUUGCCGUCGUUGAGAAGAUCUUGGAAAUCAACCCGGCAGCCGCAGACAAGGUGACACGUGCAGACGGCCGGCCAGCCAACUGGACACCAAUGAUGGUGUUGAGUGACAAUUGGUCUGGAUCAGACGACCAAUGCCAGGCACUUCGCUAUUUGCUUUGGGCCUCGCAGCCAGCGUCUUUCGGCGUGAGGACUUUGAGCGGCAACACGUGUCUUCACCUGGUGUGCAGUCAAGGCAACACGUAUUUCGCCAAGAGGAUCUGCUAUGCUCUGCAGCUAAGUUGCAGAAAGCGAUUGCUCAUAUUGAAUAUUCAAUAUUCAAUAUGA